AUUUUAUGGCUAUAAUUUAUUCAAUGAUCUAUUAAUAAUCAGAAAAAUAAAAAAUCAAUUAAAUAAAUGAUCACGAAAGCGAAUUAGGGGAAUGCACUUACACGUGUCGGCUCACGAGGCCGCAACCUUGUGAAAAUGGCAAUGGUAAUGAGUCAUCAGCAUUUGACCCGAAUCCAAAUCGGACCGCCCAAAUUAGCCCCAAUUCAGUUCUCGAUUCGCUGCUCGUUAUCAGCAUCACCGCCCAUGGAGGCUCAAAAUCAACCGAAGAGAGUGGUCGUUUGCGGCGGCGGUGUCAUCGGUGUGUGCACCGCCUACUUCUUAUCCAAGAGAGGCGCCGCCGUCACGCUCGUCGAGCAAUCGUCGAUUGCCUGCGCCGCCUCCGGCAAAGCCGGCGGUUUCCUCGCCCUAGACUGGUGCGACGAUAGUCCGGUCUCCUCCCUCGCACGUGCCAGCUUCAAUCUCCACCGUUCGCUGGCCGAAGAGCUCAACGGCGCAGAAUCGUACGGCUACCGCCCCGUCACCACUCUGAGCCUCUCAAUUACUGAAACGACGUCGUCCUCUUCAGAUCGAUCGAACAGAAAAUCGCGGAAGAAUAUUCCGUCAUGGAUUGACGGGGCGGGGGAAGCCCCAAGGACAAUCGGGACGACGGCGACGACGGCGCAAGUGCACCCGCAGCUGUUUACGAAGACGCUGCUGUCGAAGGCGGUGGAGGAUUAUGGAGUGAAGGUGGUCAUCGGAAAAUUGGAGAAGGUGGAGGUGGCGGCGGAGGAAGGGGAGGCGAAGGCGGUGGUUUUGGAGGGCGGUGUAGAGAUUGAGGCUGACGCGGUGGUGUUGGCGCUUGGGCCUUGGACUGGGAAUUUUUCACUGUUGAGCUCAAUAUUUAGGGUUUAUGGGCUAAAAGCUCACAGCAUUGUUUUGGAGCCCAAAGAUCCGAAUGCAAUAACGGGUCAUGCUUUGUUUUUGAGUUAUUAUCCGGCCCAAGGUGGAAAGCCCAUUGACCCGGAAGUUUAUCCCCGCCCAACAGGGGAGGUGUACAUAUGUGGGAUGUCGGCCGAGGCGGAGGUACCGGACGACCCGGAAGAGAUAACACCCGUACCCGAAUCGAUACGGGUCCUGAAGACAGUAGCCAGAAACGUGUCGCGCCAUUUGGCGGAAGGAGAAGCCGUAGUGAAGGCUGAGCAAGCCUGCAUCUUGCCUUGCACCGACGACAGUCUUCCGGUGAUCGGAAAAGUUCCCGGGGUGAAGGGUUGUUACGUGGCGACGGGCCAUAGCUGUUGGGGAAUUCUUAACGGGCCCGCCACCGGUAUGGCGGUUUCCGAGCUGGUACUUGACGGCGACGCGACUUCCGUCGAUCUUUCUUGCUAUAGUCCCGACAGGUUUCGAAGUUAUUAGUAUGCGUUAGAUCAAAAACGAAUACUCCGCAUCGAAUAGAACAAUGUUCUAGAACAUUGAGCUGUUGAUUUCUUUCACCUAUGUAAGCUGAACAAGAAAGAAAGGAGUAAUUUGUUUUUCAUGAACGAGGUAAAUAAAAGAUGGCGUGGUCGGAACGCCAUGCACACUCUUCCAUAAA